UCCCUGUUUCCUUCUUUUAGGCUGGCCAGCUACAGCAGGUCUGGCUGCAAGUCAGGAGAAAUCAUCGGGAAAUCCCCUGGAUAUAGUAACUCAUGACAGCACCAUCGAAUUAAUCAUCAACCUUGUAACGUGAUCUCUGGCCAUAAAAAGCAGACCUGCUGAAUCUUUGGAAACCUGUCCACUGGCCUUCUCUAGGCAGUUCCUUCUAGACUUGGGGACCUGUGCCCGAGGACCUUGGACUGAUGGGUGCCCAGCUCUGCUUCGAGGCCAACGCCAAGUCUCCCCGAGACGCACUUCGCUUCCAUGCCGAGGCCAAAGGCACACAAGUGCGUCUGGACACGAGUGGCUGCACCGCACACAGGCGAGCCACGUUCCAUGAUGGCAUCGUGUUCAGCCAGCGGCCGGUGCGCCUAGGCGAGCGCGUGUCGCUGCGCGUGCUGCGGGAGGAGCAUGGCUGGUGCGGCGGCCUCCGCGUGGGCUUCACGCGCCUGGACCCCGCGUGCGUUUCCGCGCCCAGCCUGCCACCCUUCAUGUGCCCGGACCUGGAGAAGCAGACCCCGACUUGGGCAGCCAUGCUGCCCGAGGGCUGCGCACUUGCGGGGGACGUGGUCCGCUUCUGGGUGGACCGCCGCGGCCGCCUCUUCGCCAAGGUCAACGCCGGCUGCCGGCUCCUACUGCGCGAGGGUGUGCCAGUGGGCGCCCCGCUCUGGGCCGUGAUGGACGUGUACGGGACCACCAAGGCCAUCGAGCUGCUGGAUCCCACAGACAGCUGGCUCCCGACAGCCAUGCUGUGGGACCUCAGCAGCAAGACAGUGCCUGAGCCAGAAGCCAUACCAGGAGAGGAGUGUGCCAUCUGCUUCUGUCACGCUGCCAACACCUGCCUUGUGCCCUGUGGCCACACACACUUCUGCAGCUACUGUGCCUGGCGGGUCUUCAGGGAUACGGCCAAGUGCCCUGUGUGCCGCUGGCAGAUAGAGGCGGUAGCCCCUGCAUGGGGUUCUCCUGCUCUGAGGACUGAGGAGGGCUCAUGAGAGAAGGAGGCUUCCCGAUGUGAGUGGCUGCCUGGGACUAGAUCUGAGUCCAGCCCCUGCAGAGGGAGGAGGUGCAGCCCUGCCUUCUUUCUGGGGAAGAGUCAGAAGGGCUGAUCAGCAACAGGUGUGUCAGAGAGAGAACAUCAGAGAGAGGGCUGCUCCCUCCACCUGUUUCCCAACAGGAUUGCAAGGAAAAACCCCUCUUUCUGUCCACGCCAGAACUAUCCUUCUGAUGGGGUGCUUUGUUUAGAGAUGGGGUGGCCCAAUCCUGUGCUUUACAGUGGAGGGAGUUCAGGUAUCUGUUGUGUCUGGUGAAGCCCUGUACCUCCUGGGGUAUUGAAGAACUGGACUUGAAGCAGGAGGUAUCUGCAUGGAAUGUGUAAACUUCCACAUGGAAGCUGCAUUGCCUCCCACAAGUCCCCAGUAGGGUGGAUGUGUAGUUGCCUGCCCUGCCUACCUUUCAGGGUUGUCGUGAGGUCUCAGUGAGACCAUGCAUCUGAAGAUGAUUUAAAACAUGAAAGUGUAUUGUUGUCACUGUGGUAAUUUCCGAGAUAUCAAAAUAAAGUUUGCCUUUCCUAAAUGA